GUUUAGUUUUCAAAAAAGUGGGCAUGGAUAAAAGUCAAAGUCAUCGUCGCUAACACAACUUGCAAUUUAAUGCCAAAGCUGCCCGCCAUCUCUCUCUCUCUCUCUCUCUCUUAAACACAUAAUCCACUUGAAAAAACUUGUGCGACGUAGGAGCAUCCCUAGCCAUGAGGAGUUCUUCUCUCGGCGGCCGGCGCCGGAGCUCCGACGCCGGAACGCCUGUGAAUUCCUCUCACUCGGCGAGCACAUCGACCUUCUCCUCAUCAGCCUCCACCAAUACUUCUCGGAGGUCAGCCACCCCCACAACCGCCGCCACCAGGAACCCCGUCGCCGCCGCCGCCUGCUCCAUCGCGGAUGCGCUGGUGGCUUGUUUCACUCCCCCCGAGCCGGAGAAAAACUUCAGCAACACUUUCAAUGAUUCUUCUGCAUCGAGUUCUGGAAGCAGGCAGAGGCGUAAUUCAAAUCAAUCGAUAUAUGGUAGUACCAACGGUUCAACUCACCGGAGAGAGCCAGGAAGUAUGAAGUUCACCUUUGAAGAAAUCCUGAAGGCGACCAGAAACUUCUCGCCCACCUUAAAGAUCGGACAAGGAGGAUUUGGAACGGUCUACAAGGGUCAUCUUGAAGAUGGAACGAUAGUUGCCAUUAAACGCGCCAAGAAGAUUGUGUAUGAUAAACACUUAGGAGUUGAGUUUCAAACUGAGGUUAGGACUCUAGCAAAAGUGGAACAUCAGAAUCUAGUGAGAUUAUAUGGUUUUUUGGAACAUGAAGAUGAGAGAAUUCUUGUGGUUGAGUAUGUUGCAAAUGGAACUCUUAGGGAGCAUCUGGACUGUUUGGAUGGCAACAUUCUUGAUUUUGCUUCACGGUUAGAAAUUGCGAUUGAUGUGGCACAUGCUGUCACUUAUCUGCAUAUGUACACAGAUCAUCCUAUCAUACACAGAGACAUCAAGUCCUCCAACAUUCUCCUCACUGAGAAUCUACGAGCAAAAGUGGCCGACUUUGGUUUUGCACGGCUGGGAGCUGAUAGUGAGACGGGAGCUACGCAUGUUUCUACUCAAGUCAAAGGAACUGCUGGCUACUUAGAUCCGGAAUACCUCAAAACUUACCAGCUCACAGAGAAGAGUGAUGUCUACUCGUUUGGUGUCUUGCUGGUAGAGCUCAUCACAGGCAGACGUCCCAUUGAGCCUAAACGAGAUGUCAGGGAACGCAUCACUGCCAAAUGGGCAUUGAAGAAGUUUACCAAUGGUGAUGCAAUUAUGGCUUUGGAUCCGAGGCUGGUGAGGUCUCCUGCGAAUAACUUUGCCCUCGAGAAGAUUUUUGAGUUGUCGUUGCAGUGUUUGGCUCCCCACCGGAAGAACAGGCCAAGCAUGAGGAAAUGCGCGGAGAUUCUUUGGAGCAUCAGGAAGGACCACAAGGAGCUGUCGAUUUUGGAUGUAAUCCACGAGUAAAUACAUACUACAUCAGAGUGCAGGCUGCAGCAUGUGUAGCUCAAUCCAUUUCUCAUACAAAUUGCUUGAUUUUGAUUGCUGUUUUAAGAGUGCUAUUGAAGGAAAUAUGGAGGAAGAAGCCACUGUCACAGGGUUGUAAAAUGAUGAUUGUACAUGCAUAUCAAUAUAUCAUACAGCAGAUUGGAGAUA